AUGCGUGCGUUAGGCAAGCCAUGCUCGUCGAGCUAUCAAUGCUGGCGAGCCGAACCAGUUGACGAUCAGGGUAUUCCGCUUUCCCUUACGGGUAAGUUUUUCCCCAUGAAUCCGGGCAACUUUCUUACGGAUAUUGGUUUUGUAUUUCUACAGUACACCCGUACAGUAUCCGCACUGGGUUACGGUAGACUCAUGAAACGAUUAGAAGUUGGUCAGGCAUUCAAUAGAGGAGGUCGGUGUCGAUGCAAAUUCGGCGCAUGUCAGUACUUUGUAUGGCAGUCGAAGACAACACUGGCUUGUGAGGAAUUCUAA